AUGGUCUCAAUGAGUGGACCGUCUACUUCAAUUCAGGGAACGACCGAAGCUCAGCCGAUCGACGGGAACACACUCAAUGAACUCAUCUCAUCGGGAAAGGAAGUCUGUAUUCUGGAUUGUCGCACUCGAGGCUCUUCACUCAAAAACUCAACUCGUGUUCGUCUACCUCAUGUCCUUCUUCGACGCCUUCAGAGUGGAUCGCUUCCACUCACAAAUAUCUCUUCUAGAUUAGUGGAUGAUGGAGUGAUUGUUGUUGUGAUUCCUGAAGAAGAACCAACACAAGGAGCACAAUCAAAAGAUGUAUUGAAUGCGCUGAAGAAACAAGGAAAACAAACAUUGUUUCUGCUUGCUGAUGGAGUUGAAUCCGUUCUUGACCAAUUCCCAAAACUGAAGGAGUGUCAAAUGAUGGAAUCGAAUAUGAUGAUGAAUCCACCAAGUCCGAAAAAGAAAGGAGAGGAUUUGAGAUCGCUCAAUCUUGAUGCUCUCCGGAUCGAAAACGAUAUUGAGGGACCUGGUCUUAACCUCACUCCAAUGCCAAAGACUAACGAUAAGCGACAGACAUUCCCUGUUCAAAUCCUUCCACAUCUCUAUUUGGGUAAUGCGGAAACAGCCGAGAAUAAGGAGCUUCUUGAUAGUUACGGUAUUCACUACAUCAUCAACGUGACUUCAAAUCUUGACAAUUUCUUCGAGGAUGACUCUCGUUUUCACUAUCUUCGUAUCUCGGUUGAUGACAAUGCCGCCUACAAUUUGACACAGUUCUUCCCACAAGCGAUCGAUUUCAUUGAUGAAGCUGAACGAGAGAACGAGGGCUGUUUAGUGCACUGUUUGGCAGGAAUCAGUCGAUCUGUGACGAUCUGUCUUGCUUAUUUGAUGUUCACAAGAAAAUGGUCUCUCGAGGAAGCAUACGAUGUUGUACUAGGUCGAAACGCAAGCAUUGCUCCCAAUUUCCACUUUAUGGGUCAACUCAGCGACUAUGAGAGAUUUCUCGGCAUUCAGCCAAAGAAAGGCUCGGCUUCAUUGUCUCCAUGUUGUGGAGCUGAAGCGAGUAGUGCGGCUCGUCCCCCAUCCGCUUGUCUCACUCCUCCACCAACGUCAUUCCCGAAAAACGAAAAGAGACACUUUGAUGAA